AAACCCUGCCAGGAGGCAAAGAAGGCAGAGGCUGAAGAGACCCAAGCUCCACAGCCUUGUCUCUCCUUAGAUGGUUACAGGUGGCGCGGGGCGGGGCGGGGGCGGGCCGUCACUGUGGGCAGGAGAGGCUAGGAAAGUGAAGUGCCAGAGGUGUCCAGGAGGAAGGGGCGGGGAAGGGCAGGGAGGCCUCUGGGCAACUGGACGAUCUUCCCGGCUUCCCGAGCAGGAGGCUCUCGGGACCCCGGCCCCUUCGUGCUCCCUUGCUGCUGCGCGGCCCAGCCUGGCACCAUGCACCCCUGCCUGUGGAAAUGCGCCCUCGUGGCUGUGUCCUUCCUCUCCCUGAGCUUCUUCCUCCAGGACAAUGAGGGAGAGCCCCUGGAGCAUGGCGUGUUGCUGGUAAGUGCCUCGUGUUGAGGCUGGGCCACUCACCAACGCUUCAGCCGGGAGGAAAGGACCAGUGUCACCCACAGCAGAGGGGCCCUUGAGGGUUCAGGAAAGCAUCCAAAAAACAACAGAUACUGGUUUGGAAAUACAGAUAUUGGUUGGAGCAUCAUCCCGUAACUGAAAGGCUGCGAGUUCAAUUCCCAGUCAGGGCAAUUUUGCCCCCUGGUCCAGGCACCUAAGGGAGGCAACCAAUCGAUGCUUCUCUUUUGCAUUGAAGUUUCCGUCUCUCCCUUCCUCUGUCUCUAAAUGGAAUGAAAAAGUACCCUCAAGUGAAGAUUAAAAAAUCUUUUUAAAGAUGAAUAUUAUUAAAUCCACCUUCACUAUGGACAGGAUUUGAGCGGGGAAGGGAGGAGGAGGGCGUUUUAAGUGUGGAAAAAGCCUUGCACAGACCAUCUCCACUGCCAUGCUGAGGGCAGACCCAGCAUGAGAGAAGGCUGCCUGGGGCCCACUUCCCGUCACCACCUCCCCAGAGAGGCAGUGUUCCUUCCCUUCUCCCGUUGGGGACAGCGGGGAUCGGGAUGGUGGGGACUCCUCCCACGUGCACAAGUCUGCAGCGGAGAAGAUCAGGCUCAGGCUCUGAGGCCCACGUCCUCCCCACACGGUCCAGCCAGCUAGAGCAGAGUCUGAGGGGUGUGAGGAGGGGCAUGGCCAGAACUGAGCAGAGGAAAGGGCUUCAGAAUCGAGGCACCAGGUGUGACUUGCGUAAGGACAAGGCAGACUCGGUCUUCAGCAGCUGCCACAGACCCAGCACAGCCCAAGCAGAGUCAGAUGCGCUGCCAGCUUGUGGUGGUGAAGUUAGACGUGUGGCAAGGUGGGGCAGGCAGGUUCUUGCUCUGCAGAAGCCUGGGACCUUCCAGGGGCACUCCACACGGAACUGGAGAGCACCACUUCCCCGACCCCAGGGCCCACCACCCCUCCCGGAGCACGUGUGCUCUCGUAAUGAGAUGGGAACAGCGCUGCACGGACCCUGACCCUUGGGCGACCUGGGGACUGCCCAGCCUGUCCUAAAAGGGGGAUUCGUCCUCAGUUGUCUCCAGAGGAGCGGGGUGAAGCUCAGGGCUGACGCUUAUCCAUCCUCAGCAGGAGGAAAAGAAAAAGAUAUUACAGCAUCUGGAGCAGGAACAAACCAACUCUGAAAACAAGAACCACGUGGAGAUCUUCAGAGAGAUGCAGAAAAGGCCCCCUGUCCUCCAGCACACCACCUACAGAGUCCUGGCUGGGGCCCCUCCCCAGGAAAAGAAACUGCUGACAGUGGGGAUCUCCUCAGUGCAGCGUCCUCACGGGAGUGCCCUCUUGGACACCCUGCGGUCCCUGUUCCACGUCUCCUCGGGGCCGGAGCUGCGCUGCAUCGUGGUGCUGGUCCACCUGUCAGGCCCUGACCCUGAGUGGCUCAGACAAAUGGCCGCUGAUAUUUCCAGCCUCUUCCAAUCUCACAUAGAGGCCCGGGAGCUGCUCGUGAUCCACGGCCGUCUUGGUGGCUCCCCUGUCCCGGGAGACCCAGGUGACGCUGGCAACUCCUCACCCUGUGCCACUGUGUAUUCCAGGCAGAAGGUCGAUUACACCCUCCUCAUGAACUUUGCUCUCAGCCUCUCUGAAUACUUUCUGAUGAUCGAAGACCGUGUUCAGUGCACCCCCAAGUUUGUCUCUGCCAUCUACUGGGCACUGUCAGCCUGGAGAGAACGGCCCUGGGUGACCCUGGAGUUCUCUGGCCUGAGCUUCUCCGGGAAAGUCUUCCACACCAGCGACCUUGCCCGCCUGACCGAGUUCCUCCUCCUCUUCGCCAAAGAUGUGCCCACUCACCUGCUUCUCUCUGAAUUCCGCCUUCUCUUGGCCCAGCACGUUCCGAUCCGCUUCAGUUCCUCAGUCUUCCACCCCGUGCGCAGUUACUCCAUGCCUGCGGACACCUGCUUUCCUGUGGAGAAGGAACCGGCCUUCGGUGAGCCGGACAACCCGGUAGCCAGCGUCCUCACUGACAUGAGGACAGUAUCGAGUUCGCUUCCAGAGUACGCUUACGUGCUGAACAAGGAGAGCUACUACACCCUCCACCCCCUAAGAGGCAACCACCUGACCGUGGUUUUGGAAAGGCCACAGAAAGUCAUCCGGGUGGAGGUGCUGACAGGCUCUGACAAACAAGGGCUGUACCGGCUGCAGCAGGGCCAAGUGGAGCUGGGCUACAGCCCCCUGCCGCACUCUGAAGGCUGUGCUCACUACGCCCUGCUCGGGCCGCUGGUGGAGGGACACUUGGACCAGAGGGUCUUCUAUGCAGCAGACUCUGCGGAGCAGCUGAGCUGCAUACGGCUGCUGGUGCUGGCCGCUCAGGAUUCCUGGCUGCUCAUCAGGCAGAUCAGGGUCUGGACACAGCCUGAGGAGGAGGAGGAGAGCUGGAGGCACAAGGGGAGUUCUGCGCAGACUGGUCCUGGGCAGGCGGUCUUCACAACCGGCCAGAAAUAAAGCUAGAAACUGGCCAAGGCCUGUGCCCUCUGAGUGGGGUGACCAUGUAAGUUACUGUCCAGACUGGGGUACUUCAGAGACUGGAAGGAAGCACUGUUAAAAAUGACACUAUAACCACAGAUGUAAGCCAGACUUCCCAGGCAAGCAGAAGUGUAUGCUCCUCCUGAUUCCGAUUUUUGCAGGCCACUUACGGUAGAUAACAGUCUGAGGAGGGGGAGAGACAAGACAAUAUCCCUUUGGCUUCCAAGGGCCAGAGAGAGGGGAGGAGUCUCGGUGAGCGGCCUUGGUUCCAAUCUGCACACAAGUGUCACGCCCUCAGAUCUUUCCAUGAGAAGGCUAUCGUCCCACCUAGAACGGCGACGGUCUCGACAGUACCAUGGCCACAAAGGCGGCCCUGACAGUGGCUCCCGUCCACACAUCUCUGCUGUUCAGGGUGCGGUAACAGGAUUCCACAGGCUGGUGGCUUCUAAACAGCAGAAACUUAUUUCUCACGGUUUCGGAGGCUAGGGUGCCAGCUGAUUGGGUGACGGUCGAGGUCCACUCCCUGGCCCACGGACGGCUGUCUUUUUGCUGUGUCCUCACCUGGCACAAGUGGGUGAAAGACCGCUUACAGUAUUUGAUAAGGGCACUGAUGCUAUUCACAAGGGCUCUACCCUCAAGGCCUAGUCACUUCCCAAAGGCUGCACCUCCUAACACCAUCACCCUGGGGGUGAGGGUUUCACCAUGAACGUGCGGGGAGGGCACACGCAGGCCACAGAGAGGCCCAAACCUGCAACGUGCCGAGGCGGAGACCCUGCCGGAGCAGUGUGCUCAGCCGUGCUCAUCACGCGUAUACUGCCUAUACGAGGACAAAGCUGAGCAGCUGCGACCCAGCCUGUGCAGCUCACAAAGUCUAAACCGUUUACUGUCGCUUCCGCUGGCCCCAAGCCCCGUCAGGCUCCGCUGUUGCCAGGCCACACGCACU